UUUCUCAGCAAUUUCCUUGCUGACUGUUAUGCUUAUUGCUCCUUGGGAGUCUGUUAGUGUUAUUAUCACAUUCUCCAUCUUGUUGCAAUUGUUAGCUUUGUGGAUGGCUUUUAUAAUUAAAGCCAUAAUGGGAAAUGAUCACACACUAAAGGAACAUUGUUAUCCAUAAUUAUGGGUAAACCACUUUGAAUUAGAAAUGCCAUAACUAAUCAACCUAAGGAUGUUAAGCCUAUUUAAAACAUGUUGGUCAAAAAACAUUUUGUUGCUUUAACAUUAUUCGAAAUAUCUUCCUAUGUAUUCGAAUUGAUAAAAGUUUGGAACAACCUGAGGGUGAGUAAAUGGUGACAGAACAUUUUCAUCAGUCUGUAAAAAAAUAUGAAUACUAUAAAUAAAAUAGCGAGAAUGUGUCUGUGUGUUUUUACUCCACUUCUGGUAUAAUUCACACACGCUGUCAAUACUCCGAUGCACCACACAAAGAUCAGGCAAAAUGGUAAAAUAUAAGACAAAUGCAUGUGUGCAUGCAGCAUUUGUUUUGAUGGAUUGGCUUAUUAAUUUCAUGGAACAAUGUUGUAUGAAUAUUACAAUGUACAAAAUUUACAACAACAGCAUAAAAUACAAUAAAUUAAAAAUGACAAGAAAUAGGACUUAAACAAGAAAUAAUUAAAACGAAACAAAUAAAAUAAAGCACAUGCACUAAUUAGGCUACUUAUUUAAAAACAUCCCUUCAUAAUAUAUGAUUUUACCUAGGUGUUUUCAUUGUCACAUAUGAAUAAAAAUAUAUAAACUACUAUAAAUUGUAAACUUCUUAAAAAACACCGGACAUUCUUAGCCAAUGAGCAUUAAGCUGUGUCGUCAGCAAGUCGUUUCCCAUCAUGCUUUUGAUCAGCGCAGUCGGUGGAUAGCAAUUGCGCCGCAAUUGCUGUCUCAACAAAUCGUGUUUCCGGGCGGAUCGGGUAGCGACACGUGGAGAACUAAAUCGAGGAAGGUUGGCAAUAUGGCCGGGCUGAACAUAUUCGUGCUGUGUUUAAUGUCAGCAAACGUGUUGAACAGCAUGUUACGGAGGAAUUCUGGGAAGGGGACAGUGGGCAGUAGGAAGGACAGCAGUGGCAGCACAGCACCUGUGAUUCCAGAGGAAAUGUUAUCGUGUCACUGCAAUCAAUGUCCUGAAGACUCCAUCAAUAACACCUGCAGGACGGACGGUUACUGCUUCUCUAUGGUGGAGCAAGAGGAAGGCAAAUCUCCGGUCAUCACUUUCGGCUGUCUAUCAUCUGUGGGGUCAGAGUUUCAGUGUAUGGACACAGGAAACGCUCGUCUGAGGAGAAUCAUGGAGUGUUGCAAAGAUCAGGAUUACUGUAACCGAGACCUCCGUCCCACACUGCCUCGAGAGAACCGAUCCUCCCUCUUGCCUCUCCUUCCUUCCCUCCAUUAGAUCCUUCCUCAACCACCACCAUUCCCCCCACCACCCCUGUCCGCCUCCUAACCGCAGACAUCUCUGCCACCGGGCCCGGUAAUAAGCAACGAGCGCUCAUCACCUCUCCUACCGGACGUUCUGCGGCGACUACUAAAUGAAGCACAGCAAGUCUACAACAAAGGCAGGCCAGAUACAAAGCCCAAAUCCAACCAGGAUAAUGGCACCAUCUACCCAGACAAGGAUCAAGAAGAAUGGGGAAAUUUCAACAGAGAGAAAUGAUGUGAUUUUUGUACAUUUGUACUAACUAAUGUACAAAAAACACAACAUUUUGUACACUAAUCAUAAGUUCACUGUUCAAGUUUGUUCGAAGGAUGUUUUGGGACCAUGAGGCAGUGUGUUUACAUGUCGAUAAGAGUUUUAGCUUAGCGCUAAGAGUUUCUACGAGUCACGUAAACUAAGAGGAGAUGGUCAGUAAAAAAGAUACGAUUUAUGUAUAACAAGCUGUGCAGGUUUGAGUUCAGGUGCGAUUUAAAUAAUUAACAUAUAAAUCUCCUCUAUUGAGGUGCACAGUAAAGGUCCAAUGUGAUCUUUAAAAAAAUAUGAUUUAAUAAAAAAAAGAUAUUUAAUUGAAAAAAAGAAUCCGAUACAGCUGCCUAUCGGAUUCAGCAUGACAUCAGAGCAAGGUGGACGUAACUCGGACACAUUUCUAACCGGCAUGCAUCUUGCGCUGAUCACCGGUGAUCGAAUCUGCGCAGAAUUUGGCCAUCUUAAACAAGCCUAAGGUGAUAGGUCAGCUGUGAUUCUGAGAAAGCAUUGGUUCUCGUGUAUCUUGUGACCCAUUGCGUCAUUACGUCUGCAUUAAAUGUAAAGUCUUGAUAGGCUUGUUCGACUUGAUGCAGCGCUGCAAGAUCCGACAGGCAGAAGACAGCAAAGUACCGCGAGAGUGAUGCGAAAGAU